ACUCUCCCCGUUUUGAUAACUUGAGUAUCAUUAAGAUAGCCCUUUUAUUUGAUUAUUUUUCAUUUUCUUUCCUCGCAUUCCACAAACUUUACUGGUUGACCGGUUCUGUUCGACGAUGGUUCGAAUGUGUUCGUGAAUUGCGUCUCUGAAACGAAUCUGCGUUUCAACUAGACGUGUGCGUUUUGAAGUUCCAAGAUCCAACCUUUUGGGUCCUUUUUUUACUUCUCUGGACGAGAUGGAUUCAGUAUCACAGAGAAUUUCCACUGCUCAUGGCCGUGUGAAUGGAGGUUCCACGGUUGACUAUUCUAUUACUAACUCGGCAGCAUGUAAUCUAUGUGGAGUAAUCAUUGCUCCUGAUAACGAGGCAACUGGUGACCUUGAAACUAUCAGUCUAUGUGGGGACUGUAAAUUUUUAUUACUUGAAGAUGUUGAUACACCAGUACGUAUCUCUCGUAGGCGGCAAUCAAGUAGAAGAAGAAACAGGUACAGCAGUUCUGAGUCGAUUGAAAAUUUCUUCUCACAGCAGUUCUCACAUAUGGUAAACAUGGCAAGGCAAAACCUAUCAACUGGCCAUUGGCAUGAACACCGAAUUGCAGAUGAUGAUGCCACUGGAAGGCUAUUGAGAACAAGUUCUCGUACAACUCCAAGUGGAUCUAGAAGAUGGCGACGUGUUCUUUCUGAUACUGAAAGUGAAGGUUUUGAUUAUAAUGAUUAUACUUAUGGUGAGAGUGAAUCAAAUGCCAGUUUGAGCCGGUACAGGUGUUUGCAUGGUGAAACUGACGCCAUUUCUUUUAGUGCUUAUGGAGGGGAUUCUGAUGCUUCUAUGGAUGGUAAUAGUUUGCUUGAUACAGAACUGUUUGUUCAACCAGAUGAUGGAAAUAAUCUUAAUGGUGACAGCGAUAUUGAUCCCAUGCAUGCUGGUUUGAACCAGUGGAAUUCAGAUGACCAAGAAGAGGAAGAGGAGGAAGAAAAUGAAGAAUGGGAAGACAUUGAUACCGAGUUAGACACAGUCGAUACAGCAGCAACAAGAACACAGAUUCAAAAUUUUUUAACAAGGCCAAGUGAAAGCAAUAGCUCCAUUAAUUGGAAUAGCCGGUUUGACUCUCCUGAUUUAGAAGGCAUGAUCCGGAGAAUCAGGGGAGGUAGACAUACAGUAGCCCGUAAUAUUUUUGCUAGCUUGGAUGAACCAGAUUUGACUCCAUAUACAGAAAAUUCUGGGGAUUAUCUUGGUGCAAGAGGCUUUGAAGAACUACUGGAACGGCUUGCAGAGACUGGCAGCUCAAGGAGAGGUGCACCUCCUGCAGCUAUAUCUUUUGUAAAUAAUCUGCCGCGGGUUAUCGUUAAUGAUGAGCAUGAAAAGAAUGGUGGUUUGGCCUGUGCCAUCUGCAAAGAUGUUUUAGCCAGUGGGACUGAAGUAAACCAACUUCCCUGCCUUCACCUCUAUCAUCCAUCUUGCAUCCUUCCAUGGUUGACUGCAAGGAAUUCAUGCCCCAUUUGUCGAUAUGAGCUUCCAACAGAUGACAAAGAUUACGAGGAACAGAAGCAAAACAUCAAUGUUGAGGUGCGGAUAAAUGAAAUCCAGGAGCUUCAAGUGAGUGAGGACAGUUCGUCUGAUGUUUCUGAUGAGGCUGAAGCACAUGAAUUUUGUGGAUUUGAAACAGUUAGGACAGAGGAGAGAGAGCAGUUAGAUGUGCAUCCCACUGUGAACACCAGCAGCGGAGAGCAGGAUAGAAGGAGAUGGUUUUUUCUCACUGCUGCUCCAGUUGUCAGUCUUGCGAGCAUUGUUCUUGUCUUGUGGCUAGGCACUCCGGGAAGAAACGGGUUAGCAAGCCCUUAUAAUCCGCAUCCGAUUCACUACCAAAGAGGAAAUAGAAGAAGGAGAUGGUGGCCUUUCUUCUAACUGGAUUCUAAAGACCUGGUUGAUAAUUAGAGUCCCUGUCCAAUACACUUGACCUACAGCACUUUUGCCUCACUGAUUUUCAUGUCUAGAUGUAUAUUUGGCACGGAGACAUCUUGGGCGGUCGAUUUGAUUUUCUUGCUCCUGCUAAUAAUAGUAUGAUAUAGGUGGGCGAGAAAAGCUGGCUCUGAAGUCUAUAGAGGCUUUCCUACAACGUCGUUUGACUGUAGUAAAAUAUUAUGCUGUCUCCAUGUGUUAAUCACCAAAGCUUGGUGAUAAUUCACCCGCAUUAAAUUUUAUAUACGUGUUAAUUCACCCGCAUUAAAUGAAGGAUUGAUUGUUUUCGUUUUGAAAAGUUAAUUUAAUCAUUAAGGGAUUAUAUUUUUUC